CUCUCUCUCUCUCUCUCUCUUUCACACGCACAGAGAAGAUAUAGAGAGUGAAUUAUACACUGCGAGCUAGCUGUUUUACAUAGAAAACGCCGUAUCAACAAUGCCCACCUCCUAUUCGGCGAUCGCCACCGCCGUCCUCAUCGUCUUCUUAUCCUUCGACCUCCUAUCCUCCUCCUCCUCUGCCGUCCAGAACCGCCGCAUUCUCCACCAACCAUACCUCCCGGAGGACUCAUCCCCUCCGUCACCGCCCUCCUCCCCAACCCCAUUUUCCGCUUCUGCCCCUACCAACGCACCGUUUUUCCCAUCGUACGUCACCCCUCCUCCUCCGCCUUCGCCUCCUCCCCUGGUCUCCUUCGCUUCAUUCCCCGCCAACGUAUCCUCCCUGGGCGCCAAGUCCAAAUCCGCGUCGCCCAAGCUCAUUGGAGGCGCCGUCGCCGCCGUCAUUGCCGCCAUCGCCAUCGUCUCCCUCGCCGUCCUCCUCCACAAACGCCACAGGGAAAGCCGAAGGUCGCCGUCGUUUAACCACUCCAAGAGCCAGAGAUCUGAUACGACCAGAACCACUACUUCAAUUCACCAAGCCCCUAAUAACCUCCACCACCAGCUCCCGAAGCUGCAGAGACCUUCACAGACGAGCGCAGAGUUCCUGUACCUGGGCACCUUGGCGAACUCGCAAGCCGCAGCAGUGGGCGGCGUUGCGUACAAUGGAAGCAGCGUAGCCGCCGGGAGUGGCGGCAACACUCCCAAUCCUCGGAAAAUGGGCUCGCCGGAGCUCCGCCCUUUGCCGCCGCUGACCACCCAGCAGAGCUUCCGGCGGAACAACAGGAAUAACGCGGAUUUGGCCUCGAGCAGAGGCGAUGAAGACGAAGAGUUCUACUCGCCGAGAGACUCGGUGAACGGCAGGGAAAGUUCCCUUGGCACUGGAUCAGCUUCUAGAAGAGCUUUUGCCGCAGUAGAAAUCGAGAAUUUCAAUCGGUCUACUUCCAAUUCCUCCACAACUUGCUCCUCUUCAGGUUCGGGAUUGGUCUCAGGCUCUCCGGUGAGGUCCGUCUCUCUGAGCCUUUCCCCGGCAAACAGUUUGAGCUCCAGAGACUCGAUGCCCAAGUCGCCUGAUUUAAUUGAGAUUCAGACUCUCAACGUGCCUCUGCAUCGGCAAAUGCCUCGAGGACCAACGUCUCAGGAAUCUGCCUCUCCAUCACCGCCAAGUUCAUCAUCAUCAAGGAGAAGUCAGGAACCAUCCCCCACAAUUUCCAGUAAUUCCAAUCGGAAAAUAGAAACUCCGGCGAGAAUCAACGGAUCUGUGCAAGAUAACAAUGUCCCGGCUAUUCCAACAUGGCCACCGAUACCACCACCUCCGCCACCAUGCCCACUGCCUCGGAAAAAGUUAUUUUCCGAGCAGCCUGCACUGGUAACGUCCUUGAGACCAAUAGCCCUGGAGAGUUCCUCAUCGAUUUCUGCUCUCGAGCUGCCCUCAAAUGGUUCGGAGAGUGUCAAGAAGGAUGGGAAAGAAGUUUCUCCAGUUAACAGCGAACAUGACUGGACCACUCCAAAACCGAAACUGAAGCCAUUGCAUUGGGAUAAAGUGAGGGCGAGCUCCGAUAGGGAGAUGGUGUGGGACCAGCUCAAAUCCAGCUCUUUCAAAUUGAAUGAGGAGAUGAUCGAGACGCUAUUUGUUGCAAAUACCUCGAAUUCGACUCCAAAAGAAGUAACUAAGUGGCAGGUUCUUACCUCUACUGGUCGAGACGAUGGUAAUAGGGUUCUUGACACCAAGAAGGCACAGAAUAUUGCGAUUCUGUUGAGGGCGCUCAAUGUCACCGUAGAGGAAGUUUGCGAAGGCCUCUUAGAAGGCAAUACAGAAACUCUGGGUCCUGAACUUCUUGAGAGUUUAUUGAAGAUGGCGCCAACUAAGGAAGAAGAGAGAAAGCUAAAAGAAUAUGAAGAUGUUUCGCCCACCAAGCUUGGGGCUGCUGAAAGAUUUUUAAAGGCAGUUCUCGAUAUACCUUACGCGUUCAAGAGGGUAGAAGCAAUGCUAUAUGUGACAAAUUUUGAAUCCGAGGCUGACUACCUCAAAAGGUCGUUUGCGACACUGGAGGGAGCUUGCGAAGAACUAAGAUCUAGCCGGAUGUUCCUGAAGCUUCUAGAAGCUGUGCUGAAAACUGGGAACCGCAUGAAUGUGGGCACAAACAGAGGGGAUGCCCACGCCUUCAAGCUCGACACUCUCCUAAAGCUUGCUGACGUCAAGGGAGCUGAUGGGAAAACCACGCUCCUUCACUUUGUGGUUCAGGAGAUCAUCCGAGCUGAAGGUUCUCGACUCACAAACAGCAACACAACCGAAAACACCAACGACGAGGCCAAAUGCAGAAAGCUCGGCCUCCAAGUCGUUUCUAAAUUAAGUUUUGAGCUAUCAAACGUGAAGAAAGCUGCCACAAUGGAUGCUGAGGUGCUCUGUGGGGAUGUUUUAAAGCUCUCAAAAGGUAUCGGGAAUAUAAGAGAGGUCGUGAGGUUAAAUGAUGGUUUAGUGGGAGGUAAUGAGUUUUCCAAAUCUAUGAACGGGUUCAUGAGAAGGGCUGAGGAGGAAAUUAUAAGGAUCCAAGCCCAAGAAAGUGUUGCUCUAUCUUUGGUGAAGGAGAUUACCGAGUAUUUCCAUGGGGACUCGGCCAAGGAAGAGGCUCAUCCUUUCAGGAUCUUCAUGGUGGUCAGGGACUUUGUGGCGAUUUUGGAUCGGGUGUGUAGAGAAGUUGGGAUGAUAAACGAACAAACGAUGGUUAGUUCUGCCCAUAAAUUUCCUGUGCCAGUUAACCCAACUUUAUAGGUUCAGUUGUAACAAUUUUGUAUUUAUUAAAAUGUAAAUGAAAGUAAGAGGUUUUGUAACCUUUCAGGUUUUAUAGGUAUAUAUGUCAAGAAAAGUGUUUCAAGGCAAUAAAAACUCAACUUACAGGGAUGGGUGUGAUAUUCUUGUAUUUUUCCUGUAGAGCAUUUUUUGUUUCAAAGAUGUAAUUUUAGAUGGUAAGCAUGCAACCAAUUCUCAACCAGGCUACUUUGCCUCUAUCUAUGGCUUCCAGUAAAAUUCGUUGAACAUGAUUAGAGUAGUUGGA